AUGAAUGGGAAUAGAAGAAGAAACGUUCAUCAGGUUCCAGGAUGUUUAGGUCGUAUGGUUAACCUAUUCGAUUUCGGAACAGCUGGUAGUGGGAAGAAACUGCUCACUGAUAAACCCUACUUUAAUGAUGGGUUUAUAAAGAGUAAACAGUUUGAUCAGAUAGAAGAUAAAGUUGAUGUGAGGACCGUUAAUGUCAAUGGAACUCCGAUGAAGAUGCUACUAGCUGAGGAGAUGUCUAAAGAAAUGGAACUUAAUCUCGGUUCCACAAACUUGGUUGCCAAGUUAAUGGGUCUUGAUUCUUUCCCUCAGACACAACCGGAUGCAGUUGUUAGAAGAAGUAAUAGCUCAAAGCCUCGGCUAAACAGGUCGUUAAGUCAAGGGGAGUGUAGAGAUGUCUAUGAGAUUUGGGAGAAACCAAAUGCAGAGGGUUUAAGCAAGAAGAAGAUGGACAUUGUCCGUGAGAAGUUCUUAGAGGCUAAACGUUUAGUUACAGACGAUAAGCUUCGAGAUUCCAAAGAGUUUCAAGAAGCUAUGGAAGUUUUGAGUUCAAACAAGGAGUUGUUCCUCGAGUUUUUGCAGGAGUCGAAUAGCUUCUUCUCUCAUCAUCUCCAUACUUUCCAGUCUACUGCGCCACCAACUCCAGAGAAGUCUAAGAGGAUCACUAUUUUGAAGCCUUCAAAAACCGUUGAUGAUGUGAGAGAAGGAACUAAGAGUGAAAAAGGUCUUCAUAUGUUUAAAUGGAAUGGUGAAGAAGAAUAUCCGACAAAGCAAACAACUAGAAUAGUUGUACUGAAACCUAAUGGCCAUGUCACAAAGGCUUCUUCAUGUCCAACCUCUCCAAGAGGUUUACCUGUGGAUGACUUUGAGGAGAUAAAAGAUGUGGCUAGGAGAGUGAAGAGGCAGAUGCUCAAGGAAGAAACUUCACAUUCUUCUGUCUUCUCCAACGGCUAUGUAGGUGAUGAUAGUUACUACGCAGAUUCUGAGAUCAUAUCACCGGUUUCUAGGCAUUCAUGGGAAUAUAUCAAUAAGUGUGAUAGCCUUUUUUCUUCUUCGCCUUUUAGCAUAGCCUCAGGUUCUCCAGAGUCAUCAUCUGUCUGCAGAGAGGCUAAGAAACGGCUUUCAGAAAGAUGGGCAUUGAUGGCAGCACCGAAUGAGAAUGUGCAGGAGGAGGCUGAAGUUAUUCAGAAGAAAGGCACUUAUAUUUCUCUAGGUGAGAUGCUUGCACUUUCAGAAGAAGCAAAUGAUUGUAAUGAAGAACAUGAUGUUAGAGUGUAUCCCUCUUGCUUAGCUGGUGAUUCCAGUAGAGAGGAAGGCAGUUCAAAGCCAUUUAAUAGCCUUGUGAGAUCAAAAUCUCUCCCUGAAUCAUCCACAAGUCUUGGUCACAGAGCCAUUGAUACCAACAAGGGCAGGUCCAAAGUUCCUGAAGAGUUGACUAAGUCAAAAAGCUUGAAAUGGUCUCUGAAAGGUAGAGUCUCAAAGUUUCUUUUCUCAAGGAACAAGAAAGCAAGUAAGGAGAGAUCUUAUGAGGAAAAUUCAGAAAGCUUGGAUUCUCGGUGUAACGAUGAAUGUGAUGCAUCAGUGUCUACCAGAAGAAUGGUCUCUCGUGAGAUAGGCUUAUCAGUUGCAAGGUCAGCAACUUUUGGAAACUCCAGCGAGUGGCGUGAUGAGCCGAGUCCAGUUUCAGUCUUGGAAACUUCUUUUGAUGAAGAAGAUGGAAUGUUUUUUAAUUCCUCUGUUUUGAAUAGAUCAUCCUCUUCUCUUGAACCGGAGAUGAUGAUGUCCAUGAGAUCCAACUUAUUAGGCAAAUCUCCAUCCAUUGGUCGGAAUUUCUCAUUUGACGACUCAACAGUAUCUCGGUGCUACUCAUCAAAACGCUCUACUAUUUCCACAAGGGACGAGGAAGAAGUCUUGUGUCUCCUCAUCAACACACUCUUAUCAGCAGCCGGUCUAGAUGAAGAGUCAGAGUCAUUGUCCAUACUAGACAAUCUUUUGUCUAAAUGGUAUUCCGUAGAAAGCCCAUUAGACCCAUCUCUGAGAGACAGCUAUGCAAACUCAGCAGAACAGCAAAGACUUGGAACCAACGUGAAGAAGCUUGUGUUCGACCUCGUCAACACACUGCUUUUGGAGCUAACACCGAGCUAUCUCGGAACUCGUAGUCCCAAGAUUCUCACUGGCAAGACAUUGGGGGAUUAUGUGGUAAACAGGAUGAAAGAAUGUUUAAAGGGUAAGGGGAGAGUGGAAGAUCGGUGGUGGGAUGAAGAUGGAGACUUGAGUAGUUUGGCAGUGAAUAGAGUGGUGAGGAUGGAAGUGGCGGAGAUUGGUUCACCGGAGAGUUUGAGGUUGGAGAUGGAUUACAUGGGAGAAGAAUUAGAGUUGAAGUUGCUGGAGGAGUUAGUGGAGGAGUUUUUGAUGGAUUUUUCAGAACAAUCCAAAUUCUUCAUUCCAAGUAUUUGUUAAUCAUUUUGUGAAUGUAUAUUAUGAUACGGUUUUAUCGUGUGUAUAUGGUUGAAUCACAUUGUAUUUUUUGUUUGGUUUCUAGUUUGGGGUGAAUGAUAAUUGAAACAACAAUUGUUUUGAGUAAUCCGAUUUUUUCAUCAACGCUGAGAUAACCGGAUAACUUUUUUUUUU